CCUCUUAAGCUGAAGGACCUUCUUGGACACACGGGCAUCAUGGUGAAAAUGAAUGGGUCCGAAUCAUGUCUAUGUUGACACACAUCCUCUCGUAACGUGACCAUGUUUUAAUCAACCGACGAAGCAACAGUUCGGGGAUGGAGAGCGACGUUCUGGACUCCCUGGAGCAGCUGGGCUAUGACGGACCUCUGCUGGAGGAGAAGGCGCUGCUAGGAGCGGCAGAGGGAGGCCUUUCGUCCCCGGAGUAUGUGGAGCUGUGUCGGUGGUUGGCGUCCGGACUGAAGCCCCUCUGUGGUUUGGAGGAGAGCCUGACGUCUGGAGCAGGCGACAUGGAGAGCCUUCAGGUAGAGCUGAGCGGUUUGCUGAAAGAGCUGCACUGUCCCUUUGAAGGAUCUGUUUCAGGGAUCCUGCGGAGCGGCACACGGACCACAAGAGACCACCUAAAGUUUGUCUUGUUUUUGAGCUCCGAGCUCCAGGCGGCUCAGAUCGUGAGCGGCGGAAGAGACUCCGAGAAGCGCCGGGACGAGAGUCCGGUUCAGCGGGAGCUUUCGGCGAUCUGCGAGACGCUGAUGCUGCCGGAGCCUGAAGGAAGAGAGGCAGCAGAGGUUCUUUCUCAAGUAAAAAACAAGGUGGAACAUUUGCUUCAAGAACUUCCUAACGGCUUCGUUGGCUCUCCGGUGUUCCAGAAGUCUCUGAGCAGUGAGCAGUGGGAGAAGCUGCACGGCAUCAACACGGCUCUGUCAUCGGAGUACGAGUGUCGCCGCAGGAUGCUGAUCAAGCGGCUGGACGUCACCGUUCAGUCGUUCGGCUGGUCAGACAGAGCCAAGGUGAAGGUGGACAGCAUGGCCAGAGCCUACCAGCCCAAGCGUCACUCUCUGAAGCCUCGGCCCUCGGUGGGCGCGGCCGAGCUGCUGGCGGCCAGGGAGGACAUCUGCAACGUGGUGAAGACCAGCAGCGGCUCCAGCCGGGCGAACACCGCCUGCGCCGUCAACAAGGUUUUGAUGGGAAGAGUGCCGGACCGAGGAGGACGUCCCUCCGAGAUAGACGCCCCGCCGCCUGAGAUGCCCCCCUGGCAGAAGAGGCAAGAUGGAGGCGGAGGAUGGGGAGGGCGUGGCGGUGGCGGAGGACGGGGAGGCGGCGGCAGGAGUCAAGGAGGAAGAGGAGGAGGAUGGGGAGGUGGCGGAGGAUGGAAGGGAGGAGGAUGGAACCAAGGAGGACACAACAGACAUGGAGACUAUGGAGGACACGGAGGGAAGAGAGGACGAUACCAGUAUUAGCAUCUGCAGUGUUUUGAGUUUUGGUCCAAAUGUAGCUCUCUACACACCCCAUCAUCUAACAUGAACUCAACUCAGUUUUUAUCUGGUGGAGCAAAACACUCAUCUGAUACCAGCCAAUGGGAAACCUUCCCUCCUUAUUAUUAUUUUUUUAUCAUCAGACUUUAGUAUUUUGUUUUGUUUUAUAUGUUUUAUGGACAAAUCGGCUGUUAUUACUAGGGAUGCACUGAUUGGUCGGCCCUGAUUUCCUAAUUUUACGUGAUCGGUCGACACUUACAUGUGAAACCGAUCGAAUCCAUCAAUCUUAUCUACCUCCACAUCUGCAGUAGGAGGCCUGAAUUAAACUAUGAAAUUAGUUUAUACCUAAUGUAAUAGUUUAGACAGCAAAGCUCUAAACUUCUCAUUUAUUUGAGAACACUACCUCAUUUUUAUGUUGUUUUCCAAUGACAUAAGGUUAAAGAUGUGUUUCAACCUUAAAACACCUGACGGUGACACUUGUCGAGAAAAUCAGCAUCUGCCAGAACUGGAUUCAGCAAGUCAGGCUUUUUAGAGAUCAAUGAUCAGCCAGAAAACUGCAAUCAGUGCAUCUCUAGUCAUUACGCGAUCGCAGGUAACAGGCGGAUUAAAUUCAACUGAUGUAAUGUAGAUCCAAUUGGGAGCUACGGGUCGACAAACAAGACUUGUUCUUUAGCAACACAGUCCUGGGAAACUCAUCGUGUAAUACUUUGAAAUGCUAACUGUCUUUUACUUUUGACUAAAAUAAAUAUUUUAACACCUGAAGUAUUAGAGCGGGUGGACGAGAGGAUGACUGAUCAAAUCUGUAGUGCUGGUUAAAAGUUCCACCUGUUAUUGCUCUAAAUGUAAUAUCGGUUUUGGAUUUUUAAAUUUUAUUUUUUUAAUUGUUCUUUAUUUGUAUUUACACACCAACUUCUAAUAAUUGUGUGCUCAGGUUUGAAUUUAUGGUGGACAUCAUUGAAUCUACAUUUGCCCUCUAACAUUUGGCUGAGUGGAACUCAUUAAACUCCAGUUCUGCGUUUUGACAAGCGUCUGCCGUGA